GUUUCCCGGACUGUGCUAAACAUGUUCCGCCGCACUAAUGCCGAUCCGGUCAUACGGCAGUUUAUCCUGCGCACUGCAGUCCUCAAUUAUCUUGGCAAAAAUCUGCGAGAGCAGUAUAAUGAAUAUUGCCUUCUGAGAACCCAGCACGAAAAACUUAGCCUGAAGACUGCGAGUGAUCAAGAGCUUGAGGCCCUGCCGACUCUUUUCGAGCUAUUUGAGAUGCAACAGUUGAAGACGACUGCCACCCAUCGUCUGCUGAUGCGGGAGUACCAAGAACUGCUUGCUUACAUGAUGGACAAGAGUGAUUUGUGGGACAGUCAGGAGUACUUCAAGGCCAAGUCUGCGCUUGGGGCGGCCAUCCACAAUCUACGGGUUUGUGCACCCACCAAACCAAUGGACUAAAACCAGCCGAGAGG